AAUUUGUUCAUUUCCUGUAUGUUUUCUUUCUCUCUCUCUCUAUUCGACCAGUAAAAUCUAUUGAUGAUCAUCGAAAAUCAUCGAAAACUGUUUGGCGAUAUUUACAAUGUUUUGUGAUUGUGUCGUAAAUCAUCAAAAUAUCUCAUCUAUAUUCAUUCAUUCAAAAAAAAAUUCGUGAUGAUGACCAAUAAUAAUACUCAACGAAAUUCAACCAUUACUCAGCAACAACAACAUUCGAUUAAUAGGCCGAUUGUAUUGCGUACAAAUCAGAUUUUUUUCGAAAAUCGUGAUGUACAACGUGCUGGUUGGCUAAAAUACAUACCUUUUGCGGAGAAAUAUUCAUCAUCGGAUGAUCAUAAAUUCUGGGUUGUAUUUGCCGUAUAUGGAUCUCAAACACCGUAUUUAGAAUUCUAUCAAAAGCGACAAUCAAAUCAUCAACAACCACAACAACAGCAACAACAACAACAACAACAACAACCACAAUCAGAUGGACCAGUAUCAAAACAUUCAUUGAUUAAUUGUCGCUAUAUAAACGCUGUGAUUGAAACAAAUCAUGAUGAAAGACAUAAUGAAUUUUCUAUUACAUUAUCAACACAUGUGAUACGUUUGGCUGCCGAUACUGAUGAAGUAAUGUGGGAUUGGAUUGGUUCAUUACGAACAAAAUUGAUUGAAAUGAAUAUACUUCAACCGGCAGAAAAUUUCUAUUCAAAAAGUCCAAUAUUACCUCCAAGACGGCCAAACAUAAACAAUAAUAAUAAUAGUUCCAAUAAUACUCAAAAUAUUAAUCAAACAGAUGAACUAUAUGAACCGAUAUUUAAUCUAUCUGAAGAAAUUCGUCGACUAUCUUUGAAUCAUCCGGUAAUGCCGUCGGAUGAAGGUCCACCACCAUAUGAAUGUAUUUUUACUAAUACCAAUGCUCCUACAACAUCGACAAAUAAUAUAAAUCAAUGUUCAACUGGUGCUAAUGAUGAAAUCACCAUUCAUCGGCCAUCAUUUCGUGAGAUGCAAGUGGAAAAAUUUCGAAAAGAAAUGCAACAAACAAAUGGUGUUUUAUUGAAAGUGAGAAAAAAAGAUUGUUAUAAUUCUAUUGCAUUUGUUGAUCUGGAUCCAUAUGGUGUAUUUAUUGCUGGCUGGAAACAACGUGAUCAUCCCUAUCUGCAUAAUACAUUUCAUAUUGGUGAUAAAUUAAUCAGCAUUAAUGGUGUUACCAUUGAAACCGCUCAACAGGCUAAACAAUUUAUCAAGAAACAAACAACAUCAACACAUUUAGAUUUUAUUAUACGUCGUGUACCAUUUGGACAGAUAUAUUGUUUGAAACGUUCCUAUGAUGGUGAAGAUCUUGGAUUGAAACGUGAAAAAGGUACUGGACAAAUAACACAAGUAAUCGAAGGAAGUGUUGCAUAUCGUUAUGGUCUAACAUCACAUUGUCAAUUCUAUUCAGAUAAUAAUAAUAAUAACAAUGAUGAUGAUGAUGAUGAUGCUAAUCCAUCACAUUCAAUGAUAAUGAUGAAUAUGGUGAUAAAUCAACAUCAGAAUUGGUUUCUAACCGAAAUCAAUAAUCGUCCAUUGAAUUUAUUUUUUAAAAAUAAUGAAAUUGAAACCUUGUUGAAUGCAAUAGGUAAAGAGAUUUCCAUCCUCGUACAACCAUAUGGUUUCGUUAAACGUCUUAAACGACAAUUGAAAUUGUUAAAACAUUAUAAAGAUUAUAUUGUGCAAUGAACAAAAAAAAAAAAGAUUCGAUUUGGUUGUUAUCGAUUUUCAAUUUAUUAUUGAAUGAUGAACAAAAUAAAAG